AUGAGCAAACGAAUCAGCCAAGAUUUUGCAAAUCAAUUAAUUUCGGAGGAGCUAUUGAUUAAUGAUAAUUAUUCGAUGAAAGAGAAAGCAAAAAAAGUUGUGAAACUCCAACAAGAUAUAUUUUCAGAUGAUGUUUGUUUUGACAUAAUUUCCAUGAUUGAUGAUUCGUGGUUUAUUUUGAAUAAUUGUUCUUUAAUUUCAAAACAAUUCUUUAAUGUGAUCCGGGAACGUUCAAGACUUGUUAUUCAAUUUAAAAAACAAUUUACAGAAAAUAGAAUUGAAUUGUUUAUGAAAAGCCAAUUCAAGAAUAGUAUUGUAAAUGUUAAGUUUUGUUAUAGGUUGCGUAACUCUCCAGAUAAAGUUAAAUUCAUAAGUGAAAUGAAACAAUUAACAUCACUUUAUAUUUCUGAUAAUCAAAUUGGUGUAGAAGGAGCCAAAUACAUAAGUGAAAUGAAACAAUUAACAUCACUUGACAUUACUUACAAUCAAAUUGGUGUAGAAGGAUCCAAAUACAUAAGUGAAAUGAAACAGUUAACAUCACUUAAUAUAUAUUAUAAUGGAAUUGGUGUAGAGGGAACCAAAUAUAUAAGUGAAAUGAAACAAUUAACAUCACUUAAUAUUGGUUACAAUCAAAUUGGUGUAGAAGGAGCCAAAUACAUAAGUGAAAUGAAACAAUUAACAUCACUUGAUAUAUAUUAUAAUGGGAUUGGUGUAGAGGGAUCCAAAUAUAUAAGUGAAAUGAAACAAUUAACAUCACUUAAUAUUGGUUACAAUCAAAUUGGUGUAGAAGGAUCCAAAUUUAUAAGUGAAAUGAAACAAUUAACACUUAAUAUUACUGGCAAUCAAAUUGGUGUAGAAGGAGCCAAAUUCAUAAGUGAAAUGAAACAAUUAACAUCACUUGACAUUACUUACAAUCAAAUUGGUGUAGAAGGAUCCAAAUUCAUAAGUGAAAUGAAACAAUUAACAUCACUUGAUAUUGGUGUUAUUUGA